GGGCCAGAGCCGGAGCAGUGGGGCUGGGCUCGGGAAGCUGCUCUCAGGGGCGUCCGUGACCGAGACCGCGCCUGUGACCGUGCUGGCCGCGCUGGGGCCAUGGUGAAGAUCAGCUUCCAGCCGCCCAUGACCGGGCUCAAGCCCGACAAGGAGGCGACCGGCGAUGGGGCCAACUCGGAAAUCCUCCUGCCGCAGACCCUGGAGGAUGGGCUGCCCCCGGGCGCCACAGCAGCCCGAAGGAAUUUGAUCAGCAGCAUGUUCACCCUGACCACGGGCAUCGUCCUCCUCCUGGGCCUCCUCUUUGCCUCGGUCUACAUGUACAGGAACUAUUUGAUACCUCAGAUCUCGCACCGGCCUCGGGAGAACGUGUUCCGCUGUGGGGUCCUCUAUGAGGACUCGCUCUCUUCCCCCUUCCACAGCCAUCUGGAGCUUCAAGAGAAUGUGGAGAUUUACGUCAAGGAGGAUUAUGAGCAUAUCAACAUCCCCGUUCCCCAGUUUGGGGGUGGCGACCCAGCCGACAUCAUCCAUGACUUCCAGCGGGGCCUGACUGCCUACCAUGACAUUGCUUUGGACAAGUGUUACGUCAUCGAGCUCAACACCACCAUUGUGAUGCCCCCAAGGAACCUCCUGGAGCUGCUGGUGAACGUGAAGAAGGGGACCUACCUGCCCCAGACGUACAUCAUCCAGGAGGAGAUGAUCGUCACCGAGCACGUCAGCGACAUGCAGCAGCUGGGCUCCUUCAUCUACCGCCUGUGCAGCGGCAAAGACACCUACAGACUGCGGCGUCGCACCACGAGGAGACGCAUUAACAGGAGGAGUGCUGGAAAUUGCCACGCUAUCCGACACUUUGAGAACACGUUUGUGGUGGAGACAGUGAUCUGCGAGCAGUAGCGGCCCUCUCCCUUCUGGCCUCUCCUUCCCUUCCCUGCGGCUGGCCUCCGUCCCGCCCCUUCCCCUCUCUCCCUCUUCCCUUCCUCCUCCUCUCCCUCCCUAGGCCGCUUCGCUUCUCCCUGGGAAAGCCUUCCUGUAGACUUUGUCCUGCUCCAGACUUUUCUUUGCCUCUCCUGCCUGUGCUGUAGCCCCCUGGGAUCCCCCUCCAUCUCCCCUGUAUCUCUUAGCAGUGCCUGACAGUAGCUUUGGGGCUGGGGGGGACAGUCUUGAUCUUGGGAUUACAUUUAUGUGUUGACUUGGAAACAGAAGUUCAGUAGGACCCAUGCGUUGGGUUUCAGUGGCUGGAGAUUAGGAGGGGUCAUGGGAUGGUCAGUCUGGACCUAGGAAGUCAUUGUCAAGCUAGAGUGAGAAGUCUUUGAAUCUGAGCUCCUCCUUUGACAGUUGGAGAAACUGAGACUAGAGAAGGCCAGCUCAGGGUAACACAGCUGAGCUGGAAUUUGAACUCAGGUCUUCUAACUGUGAAGGCAGUAUGCUUCCCAAAGGUAGGGGUUACCGCUCUCUUCCUGGGAGUGUGGGAAGGCCUUGGCCUGGGGUUCUACCAUCUUGGGGGUGGGGGUAGAGGAUGGGGAACAGGGGGCAGGGCCACCUAAUAGUUGGCCCAGAUAAAGAGCACAAAGUGAGACUGAUGCCCCAGCACAUUUCUGCCUGGCGCCCUGUGGGUGGAGAGGGAGGGAGGGAGGGAGGGAGGGUUGGUUGUUCUCAGGGAAGGAGAAGUUGGAGAACCAGGUGAGUACAAUCUGUCCAUGUAGCGGAACCAAAAAAAAAAUGCGAGUGGGGCCAGUCACCCAAGGCCAAAGUCACCCAGUGCUGCUGAUAACAGUAGCGGGCAGAUGGGCAGAGAGUCCCUUGGCUGUUCCGUUGAUGCAGGAAGCAAAGGACUGGAACUCCCAGGCUGGGCAGGGGAUGGCAGGGUCAUUAGCUCAUCCAAGCACAUGGGGUAGGUGGGUGGGUGGGGCACCACUGGGAUUAGGGAGCCUGUGGGCACACACCCUGGAGCCCACCUGAGUGGGAGCCUCUUCUGAAGAGGGAGCUAGGGUCAGAAUCAGCCAUUCAUCGUCAGAUUUAGGGUGAGGACCUAAUCCUAGGAUUUAGACCAUCUGAUUCUGUCCCUUGGUUUUACAAAGUGGGCAGAGGGGGCUUUGAACCCAGGCCCUAGGGCCCCACAUCCAAAGCACUGAGCCUUGCUUCAGGUAUGGCAGGACGCGCCUUAGGGUUAGGUUGGAGUUGUUAGCUCCUCCAGAAUUAGAGCUGGUGUUUAAAAAGGGAGGGGCAAGGGUGAGGGUGUGGGGUGGGGGUGGGGGGAUAGGAUCCAGUCCAGGUUUGAAUUUGGGAAGGCCCUGGGAGAAAAGGCCAGAAUGAGCUGGUACAUUUAUACCCAGCCUCCUCCUUGCUUUUAGGAAUUCUCCUUUUUCCCUCCUCCCUCCUCCCUCUAACCUUCCCUUCCUCCCCACCCCCACAGCCCCUGGCCUUGGGCUUGGGGCAGAUAUAAAAUGUGUCCUUGUCCUUGACUUUGCAUGAUUUCCCUGGUCAUUUAAUAUGCUAACAAUGUGCAGCCUGAAACCUUAAUUAACAAAAGGACCUUGGUUGUUUCCCCUGCAUUAAUCCAAGGGUCCAGCCCUCGCUGCCCGGCAGCUCCCCCUCCUGGGAUGGGACUCCAGAUGCUUUGUAUAUUUCAUGUGUUAGAUUCCUGUUUUGGGAAAUGCCCAUGAAAGAAUAAAAUCCUUGACCUCUGA